AUGGCUCGGAACUCAGGCCAGAGGCCUCGCAGGACGUACAACAGUUGUUCGUCAACGGAGAGCGGCCGGCCUGCAAGGGAUAGGGCUUCGGCGAUGAGUUUGGCUUUGUUGAGACGGGCUAAUGGCGAUUUAUCAUACCUUAAGGAUAAUGCUAUAUUGGCUCUAACAUUGGAUGUAGUAGAUAUCAUUAACCAAUACAUGAAUGAUCAUAAUCCAUGUGAGGGUAGGACUUAUUUGAGUUGUGAUUCAGUUUGCAAGUCAGAUUUUAAUGCAGAUAUGUUAGUGGAUUUGCACACUCCAGAAUUCUUGAAUGGUCUGCGAUGUUCUGGAGUACCUAAUCAUGUUUUGACUUUGAAAAUUGGGGCACCGGUUAUGCUAUUGAGAAAUAUUGAUCACACACUUGGCUUAUGCAACGGUACAAGGUUGAUUGUAACAAGGUUAGCUGAUCACGUGUUGGAAGCAAAUAUCAUGGGCGAUACAAAUGCAGACAGAAAUUUCAAAUCCAUGUGCUUGGCACCACUAGUAUAUCUGUCGUUCUUUGGGAAGAACAUAGCUGCUGUAUUAUCAUAA